AAAAAAUUAUAAACUAUGCAAGCAAUUAGUGUGCUCGUAAAUUUCGGAAACCAACGAAUGCCCACGAUAUGGCGGCUAUGUUCCAGUUCCAACCGGUUCAGGAAAGUUUGUUCGAAAUACACACACUUCCACAAGAUACACAAGUCGCGAAAAAACAAGAUAAACAGCUCGGAUGCCAUCUUCUGCGGCAAUGGGGACUCUGGCUGAUGAAGCAGCCAAGCUUCUCGACUUCAACCAAAAGCUUGAUAUCACACUCUUAGACCAGAUCGUAACAUGCAUGUACACAGGCGAUGGCCAGCGGCAAAGGAUGGCACAGGAGGUCUUAACAAACCUGAAGGAGCAUCCCGAUGCCUGGACGAGGGUGGACACAAUUUUAGAGUACUCCAACAACCAGAAAACAAAAUAUUAUGCGUUACAAAUAUUAGAAAAUGUUAUAAAAACUCGAUGGAAAGUGUUGCCAAGGCCUCAAUGUGAAGGCAUAAAGAAGUACAUUGUUGGAUUGAUAAUAAAAACUUCAUCAGAUGCAGGCACAUCAGAAAAGGAGAAGACAUACCUUGGGAAAUUGAACAUGAUUCUAGUCCAGAUUUUAAAGUAUGAGUGGCCUAGGAACUGGCCAUCUUUUAUCUCAGACAUUGUUGGAGCCAGCAAAACGAACGAGUCCCUAUGUCAGAACAACAUGAUAAUACUUAAACUAUUGAGCGAGGAAGUGUUCGACUUCUCAAGUGGUCAGAUGACCCAGUCAAAAGCAAAACACUUGAAAGAUAGCAUGUGUAGCGAGUUCUCGCAGAUUUUCCAAUUGUGUCAGUUUGUGAUGGACAAUUCUCAAAAUGCGCCAUUAGUGGGUUCCACAUUGGAAACAUUGCUGAGAUUCCUCAACUGGAUUCCACUGGGCUAUAUCUUUGAAACCAAACUGAUUUCAACUCUCGUAUACAAGUUCCUGAAUGUGCCAAUGUUCAGAAAUGUCACCUUGAAAUGUCUCACAGAAAUUGCAAGUGUCCAAGUUGGUCAAUAUGAUGAACAAUUUAUUCAGCUGUUCAGCUUCACUCUCACACAGUUAAAACAGAUGUUGCCAGUUGCAACCAAUAUUCGUGAGGCAUAUCAGCGUGGUACGGACGAUGAGCAGAUGUUCAUACAAAACCUCAGCCUGUUCCUAUGCACCUUCAUGAAGGAUCACGGGCAGCUGGUUGAGAAGAAACCAGACCUGAGUGAACACCUCAUGGCUGCCCUGAGUUACCUGAUCCUGAUAUCCGAGGUAGACGAGGUGGAGAUAUUCAAGAUAUGCCUGGAGUACUGGAACUCCCUGGCUGCUGACCUCUAUAGGGAGAGUCCUUUCUCUGCCACGUCAUUCUCACUGCUGGGCAAAAACACUGAGAUGCCCAUUCGACGGCAGCUGUAUAACCCAGUGCUUUCUAAGGUGCGUCACGUGAUGAUAUCUCGAAUGGCCAAGCCCGAGGAAGUGCUGGUGGUGGAGAAUGACCAGGGGGAGGUGGUACGAGAGUUUAUGAAGGACACGGACUCCAUCAGUCUCUACAAGAACAUGAGGGAAACUCUAGUGUACCUUACACAUUUGGACUAUGCUGAUACUGAAGCCAUCAUGACAGAAAAACUUCACAAUCAAGUCAACGGAACGGAGUGGUCUUGGAAAAACUUGAACACUUUAUGCUGGGCAAUAGGCUCCAUCAGUGGUGCUAUGCACGAGGAUGACGAGAAGCGUUUCCUGGUUACGGUCAUCAAGGACCUGCUGGGCCUGUGCGAGCAGAAGAGGGGCAAAGACAACAAGGCCAUUGUGGCCUCCAACAUCAUGUACGUGGUGGGACAGUACCCACGCUUCCUGAGAGCACACUGGCGAUUCCUGAAGACUGUUGUCAACAAGCUCUUUGAAUUCAUGCAUGAGACCCAUGACGGUGUACAAGACAUGGCCUGUGACACGUUCAUCAAGAUCGCCCAGAAGUGUCGUCGCCACUUUGUUCAGGUGCAGGUGGGCGAGGUGAUGCCCUUCAUAGAGGAGAUCCUCAACGGCAUCAACACAAUCAUAUGUGAUCUCCAGCCUCAACAGGUGCACACAUUCUAUGAGGCUGUGGGCAUGAUGAUCUCUGCGCAGACUGACCAGGUGGCGCAGGAGCACCUGAUAGAACGCUACAUGCUGCUGCCCAACCAGGUGUGGGACGGCAUCAUCAACCAGGCAACACAGAACGUGGAGGUGCUCAAGGAUGGUGACGCCGUCAAGCAGCUUGGCAACAUCCUCAAGACUAAUGUCCGGGCGUGUAAGGCCCUUGGACAUCCUUACGUCGUGCAGCUUGGACGCAUUUAUUUGGACAUGUUAAAUGUGUACAAAGUUAUGAGUGAGAACAUUAGUAGUGCUAUUGCAUCGAACGGUGAAAGUGUAACAAAACAGCCACUAAUUCGUAGUAUGAGAACAGUAAAAAAGGAGACACUGAAACUAAUAUCAGGUUGGGUGAGUCGAUCUAAUGACCCUGCGAUGGUUGCGGAAAACUUUGUCCCACCAUUAUUGGAGGCCGUGUUACUGGACUACCAGCGCAACGUCCCUGCUGCAAGAGAACCAGAGGUGUUGAGCACAAUGGCAAGCAUAGUGAACAGACUUGAGAGUCACAUAACGAAGGACAUUCCACAGAUCUUUGAUGCAGUAUUUGAGUGCACUCUGGAAAUGAUCAACAAAGACUUCGAGGAGUUCCCCGAACACAGAACCAACUUCUUCCUGCUCUUGCAGUCUGUGAACACACAUUGCUUCCAAGCAUUCUUGAAUAUCCCUGCGGCUCAAUUCAAGCUGGUACUGGACUCGAUCAUCUGGGCCUUCAAGCACACGAUGCGUAACGUGGCUGACACAGGCCUAGACAUCCUGUACGUGCUGCUGCAGAACGUGGCCAGUGAGGAGAACGCGGCACAGAGCUUCUACCAGACCUUCUUCACGGACAUCCUUCAGCACAUAUUUUCUGUGGUCACUGACAGUUCACACACAGCAGGGUUGACGAUGCAGGCGACCAUUCUGGCGUACAUGUUCAGCCUGGUUGAGCGUGGGAAGAUCACCAUCGUCCUGGGCGGUAACACUAGCACCGUGGCGGACAACAAUAGCUUUAUACAGACCUUCCUGCUGAGUCUUCUCAAGGCAGCCUUUCCACAUCUCAAUGAACCCCAGAUCAAAAUCUUCAUUGAAGGCCUGUUCAGUUUUGACCAGGAUAUUGCUUCGUUCAAGGAACAUUUGCGAGACUUCUUGGUUCAGAUCAGGGAGUUUGCGGGUGAAGACAACAGCGACCUGUUCCUGGAUGAGCGGGAGUCGGCCAUCAAACAAGCGCAAGAAGAGAAGAAGAAGAUCCAGCUAUCAGUGCCAGGCAUCAUAGGUCCCCACGAGAUACAGGAGGACAUGCAGGACUAGAUGCACUCGCUGGGAACCAACUGUAAUAAAAAUGAAACGAGUGAUGGGAUGGAGACUGGCUGUAUAUAGACAAGUGGGGAUUGACAGUGCUUUGAUGGGUCGGUGGAAUUCGGUCUGGCAGUUUGUGGGCUGUGCCCUUCCCUUCCACCCGACCUCCUUGUUACUUAUUUGCAACCUGGUGGAGUCUGCGAAAAAGAACUAGCUGACAUAGUAGAAAAAAGUGCUUACUAGUUUGACAGUUUGUCUGCCCGCUUUAAGACUCUUUAAGUUACGGAAGCUUGUGAACACAAUGUUUGAAAGUUGUAGUUUUUGCUAUGGGAUCUUUGUGUUCUCAAACACUGAGACUAUUGUUGUAUUAAACUGCUAUAACAUGGUUGUCAAUACUUGUGUAUUGGACAAAAUUUACUAGUGUACUUACAUAUUUAAAGAUUGCAAAUAAGGAUUGGAUCCAUUCAUCAUGUCUCGGAAGGCAUAACUUCUUAAGGGAUUUUGAUGAUUAUAAGCAGAUGGGAAACUAACAAAUACAGAUUUGUCUGCCAAGCAUUGUACAUUACAUUUUAUUAGUAAUUAUCAGAAACAAUCAUUGUAUCAUUUUUCAAUUUGUACUAGCUUGUCCAUGGUAUUUAUUACUUGCUGACACAUGGCUAUUUUUUCGAUUUGUUUGCAUAAAAUAGAAUGUCUGUGUUGCUAAUAUUGUUACAAAUAUGUAAAUAUUGUUCAGUUAUUGAUUUUUUUGUCGUUUUAACAGGUAGAGUUAAAUGCUCCAGCAAAUAAUUCACUUUGAACCCUUUGUCGAUUCUGGAAUACUUUUAUCAGGACAUUAAUCUGUAAACUUGCUGCUAGGAACACUGCAUUGCAAGGUGACACAAUUUGUGUAGAACAGAGGAGUAUACCUUUGUGCUUCAUACUUUGUAAUAUAGCAGAACAUACUCCUUUGUUAGGCUGAAGAGCUUGUUUAACCCCCAAUAAAAUGUUAAUGGCUGUUUGGAUAAUGUGAAAAGCUUUUGAUUAGAAAUGUAAUUUGUUUUGUUUUUUCUAUAGUUUAAGAUUUGUAUAGCAUUAUUUAAAUGGCAGCGUGCUGAUUACCUAUCGUCAAGUAUCUUUUGAAAUACUGACAUGAAUUUACCUUUUGUUGAAAUCCUGCUGAUUGUAAGGUGUAAAUAUUCUAGCAAUUAAUGAUAAAAAGUAACAGUUUUGACACCUUUAACAUAGUACGUUUUUGUCUUUGUAACAUCUAACGGUUGUAAUUAUUUUGAAAUCAAAGUUUGCUUUCUUACAUGUUUUAAAUAUACCAUUAAAACAUUUUUUAAAUGUGUAUGUAUCUUUUAUAUCAGUGGUUUAAUGGGGUUGGGCCCUGAGAAAUUGUCAUAUUUUUGCAAAAAUGUGCAAUUGUAUUAGAACUUAAUUGUGUAGUUUGUUUGCAAUUUUUUAUGUUACCAGACAACUCGCAUAUGUAACAUUAAUGUGUUAUGUAGCAUUUCAUUUACCAUUCAUUGAUUUAUGUCAACUAGUUAAUAUACAAGUUGGGAGAGCGGGGAUGUUGGGGGUGGGGGUUUCUCAAUUCAGUUUUGUUUACCACUUGAUCAAUUGGAAAAAUAAAAAUGUGACAACUCUUCAGACGUGAAAUUUAGUUUUUAUUUUGUUUUGCAUUCACUUCCCUUCUGGAUGGUCAUAUAGUUUUGCCCUUGUGCAACCCAUCCGACCAGCUGACCUUCUUUCUGUCAUAUGUUAAAGUACUGGUAUUAGGGGGAUGAAACUUGGCAAGUAUAUUAACCAGCAUGUGAACUAGAGCAGCUCCAUAUUUGGACUGAUAUUUUGACUUAACUGGAGAUAUGUCCCCUUUUUAUAUGAAAAAGUACAACUUGUGUUCACUUGUGUCACGUUGAACUAACAAAGAGUUGUUGCUAGAGGAGGGAGAGGCAAGCGUAUUAAACAGGUGUUACCGGUAUCUUGGGAACCUCCAUAUUUUGGUUCCGGUUUUGAGACAAAAGUCGAGUUUUCAGACGAAAGCUGAAUGCGCGUGGCAUCCAUGUUAACCAACACAUUUCUUGUUGUCCCUGUGUUAACAAAGCUGCUUAAUUAAAUACAUGGAAUAUGUGGCCUUUUCAUGUAGAGGCUUUUUCAUAAUUAAUUGUGAUGAACAUGUAAAUAUUGCAAAGAUCCUUCAUGUUUUUACAUGUAAUUUUACUGAACAAACUCCAUAUUUUUUUCAUAUGCACAAAUUUCUCUUUAACGGCAGUUUAAACUGUGACACAUCAAUUUUAAGCCACACUCCCAGCUGUAUUCAUAUUACAGCCUAUCUUGAUGACUGUUGAUUUUAACAAAAAGAACAACAACGCACUGAGUUAUGCAUUACUGAUGUAAAACAUCCAUUAUGUAUUAUCUGAACACUACACAUCAUCCUGUUGUGAAAUUCUUCAGUUAUUUUCAGCGUUUUGUAUUUCUCAUAAAGUUGUAUUUAAACAAUGUUCUUACUAUUGUAGUAUUGGAAUAUGACCUUUUUGUAUUGAUUUGACCGGUGUUAGUUUUGGUGUGACUUGUAUUCGACAUCAUAACCUAAUUGUUUUACACCAUGUAUUCCCUUGAGUGAAUGUCUAGUUUAAAGGAAAUUGUCUUUGUCCGUUGUGUUAGAAAGGCGUUGCCCAUCAUACAAUCAUCUACAACACCAUAGUACAAGUAGUAGAUAUAGUAGAUCAUUCAUCAUCAUGGAGCAUUAGGUCGUGUUUUUGAUAGUUCUGAACACAUUUAUGUAUAGACUAUUGCUGAGGUUUUUCAUUUGCGUGUAUUUUUGGUGUCUAAAUCUAAAGACAAAAAGUGUAUAUAACCGUACCAUGUGUUGUUCUGUGCUCAGCAAUACGAAUGCUUCAUCUUAUGUUAUGAUUUAAUAAAGUCUGUAAAAAUUGCAA